ACCGUGCCCUCGGGGAAAGCCACUUUCUGUCCCUCAGAUCGCAAGUUUCCAGGCUGCAGCGGCAUGGGGGUGGGCGUGGAGGUGGGGAGCAGUGGAGGAACCUCUCCGGCUAUUCUCCCACUGUGGCUGCUUGCCUCGCGCAAACCUCCUGCAGCCCCUUCUCAGCCUUUUCCUCAGAGAAAGGCAGGGCUCCUGUUUCCCCUGCCUGAGCAGAAGUGGCCCCGGGCCGCCUGAUUCCCCAAGGGGACCAGGGAGAAGCCACCCAGCGUCAGCGGGCGCUCUGCGACUUCAGCUGGCGGGCCGGCGCGCGCCGCAGCGAGCGGGGCUGGCCAAUGGAGUUGCGGCUGCGGAGGGAGGGGACCCCGACUGCAGUAAGUUUAGAGAGCGACACUGUCAGGCACCGGCAGCAGCAAGAUGACGAGCGCUCAGUGCAGACCCGGAGCUCGUCGAACGCAACUUCGUCCCGCCUGAGCGAGGCUGCGGUUUCCGAGGCCCUCUCCAGCCAAGAAAAAGAUACGCGAAAAGCCUGGAUUUCUCUCAUUGAAUCACCCCUGAUAGCAAGCGAAGGCUCUCUCCGCGUCGCCCUCUAGCGUUCGCUGGAGAAGCGGCACCUCCGGUUCCCGGAGACACUGCGCACCAUGGGGUCCACCAGCAUCCCGCUGGUCAAGACCCUCCGCAGCUCUGUCUCCGACUAUGUCAAUUAUGACAUCAUCAUCCGGCAUUACAACUACACGGGAAAGCUGAAUAUAGGUGCAGACAAGGAGAACGGCAUUAAAGUGACUUCAGCGGUGUUCAUUCUCAUCUGCUGCUUUAUCAUCCUAGAGAAUAUCUUUGUCUUGCUGACCAUUUGGAAAACCAAGAAAUUCCACCGACCCAUGUACUAUUUUAUUGGCAACCUGGCCCUCUCAGACCUGUUGGCAGGAGUGGCCUACACAGUCAACCUGCUUUUCUCUGGGGCCAACACCUACAAGCUCACCCCCGCCCAGUGGUUUCUGCGGGAAGGGAGUAUGUUUGUGGCCCUGUCUGCCUCUGUGUUCAGCCUCCUGGCCAUUGCCAUUGAACGCUAUAUCACUAUGCUGAAGAUGAAACUCCACAAUGAGAGCAACAGCUCCCGCUCCUUCCUCCUAAUCAGCGCUUGUUGGAUCAUCUCCCUUAUUCUGGGUGGCCUGCCCAUCAUGGGCUGGAACUGCAUCAACGCGCUGCCCAGCUGCUCCACGGUGCUGCCCCUCUACCACAAGCACUAUAUCCUCUUCUGCACCACGGUCUUCACCGGGCUCCUUCUGUCCAUCGUCAUCCUAUACUGCAGGAUCUACUCCUUGGUCAGGACUCGGAGCCGCCGUCUGACCUUCCGCAAGAACAUUUCCAAGGCCAGCCGCAGCUCAGAGAAGUCGCUGGCUCUGCUCAAGACGGUGAUUAUCGUCCUGAGUGUCUUCAUUGCCUGCUGGGCGCCCCUCUUCAUCCUGCUCCUGCUGGACGUGGGCUGCAAGGUGAAGACCUGUGACAUCCUCUUCAAAGCUGAGUACUUCCUGGUGCUGGCGGUGCUCAACUCCGGCACCAACCCCAUCAUUUACACUUUGACCAAUAAGGAGAUGCGCCGGGCCUUCAUCCGGAUCAUGUCCUGUUGUAAGUGCCCCAGAGGAGAUGCCACUGGCAAAUUCAAGCGACCCAUCAUCGCCGGUGUGGAAUUCAGCCGCAGUAAGUCAGACAACUCCUCUCACCCCCAGAAGGACGAUGGGGACAACCCAGAAACCAUAAUGUCCUCUGGGAACGUCAACUCUUCUUCCUAGAGCUGGAAGCUGCCAACUCAUGGGGAGCGUGCUUUGCGUGGUCACCCACCACCCCAGUGUUUGGGAAAAAAAAAUCUCUGUGCCUGCACUGCUGCCAGGGAGGAGCUGCUGGAGCCAGAGGGAGGGUGGGGACAGUAAGAACUGCCUGGUGGUGCCGGGUGGGUGUCGGUGGGUAGAGGUAGUUCCUGUGAACAAUGCACUGGGAAGGGUGGAGAGCAGGUCCUCGCCAGGAAUCUAUUUCCUCCCCCCUCGAGCUUUGAUUUUGCACUGAGCCAAAGGUCUAGCAUUGUCAAGCUCCUGAAGGGUUCAUUUGGCCCCUCCUCAAAGACUAAUGUCCCCUUGUGAAAGUGUCCCUGUCUGGAGUUUUGAAGAGAAGAUGUUUUCUUUCAUUAAUUUUCCAACCCAAGUGAGUGUGUGCACUUCUGCUUCUCUAGGUAUUCUUCCUAGCCCACCCUCCUUCCCCCUCACACCCCUCCUCAAAAUUAUUUUACUUAAUAUUUUAACUACCUGGCAUUCAUCAGACCUGGGGGUAGGGUGGAGUGGGCAGCAGGGUCCAUUUCUCUGUCAUCUGUAGCUAAUAGGCUAUGUCCCGGAGGAAGACUGGGAGGAGAUGGAGAUGUAAAGCAAUUUCAUUUGCUGAGGCCAAAGUUUCCAUGUAAGCUGGAUCAGUUUCUUGGAAUUUGGUUGUAGUCACUUUGAUUUUUUUUUUUUUUUUUUUUUUUUUACAACUUUACAAUGGUGUGUGUUACAGUAUCACAGUCAUUGCAGCUGAAAUCUGCAUCUGGGAGUCUAGCUUAUCUAAACGGUAUCAGCCAGGGUCCUAGUGACAUAGGAGAAACAAAUAAGCAAAACACGGUAAAAACUGACUUGGGGGUAACUUUGUAAACCAAGAGAGAUUUCCUAACAAUUUUGUCUAACGAAUACAACAGCUGUCUUUGGCACUUUUGUUGAUGUUUAUUUCAGAGUGUUGUGUGAAUCAUUUCAACCAACAGGGUGAUUGUAUUUUGUUGUGUUAAAAGUACUUUUCAUGGUUUUUGAAUGUAUUUGUUUCAGCAUUUUAUUGGAUUUUUCUAACCUGUGUUAACACCAUUGAAUGUGUAUUUCUUAAGAAAGUAUCACCCACAUGUGGCCUUAAAGCAUUACUUUAACUGAUAGGGAACACCAGAAGUUUUUCAGUACAGCUGUGUAUUAAAUAGUUAAUUGAAGAUGUGUAUAAAUGUUACAAAGAAUAAAAAUGUAUUGCUGUCUCUUUAGUAUGGUUUUCAGUGCAAUUAAACCAAGAAAUGUCUUUUUUUAAAAUAGUAUUUAAUAGGUUUCUGACUUUUGUGGAUCAUUUUGCACAUAGCUUUAUCAACUUUUAAACAUUAAUAAACUGAUUUUUUUAAAGAUUCCUUUGUGAAGAACAUUUAAAAAAAUAAUUAUUAAGACAUUCUAUUUGACUGUGUGGCUCUUUAGAAUCAAAGUUAAGGGCAAAUGUCUGUUAUUGUUUAAAGGAUUUUACAUUGGUAAACUAGGGUGUGAAAAAGAAUGUGGUUUGUUUAGAAACCACUCGUUUUCAGGAAGAGAAACUUCAAUAUGUUAACAUCGAAGAGUAGUAAAGAAUGAGAUGAAAACCACCAACCUCUAAAUACCACCCUGACAAGGAAAUGUAAUUGUUUACAUUUUAAGUCGCACUCAAGCCAAACUAAGUAUAAUAAUUCUGUCCUAAAACAUGGGUUUUUAAACAAAUAACACAAAACGAUGUGGUUGUAAAUCUAAAUUAAAUUAUGAAACUCAAUGGUCAGUUCAAACUCAUCAACAAAAGCAUACAGUCUUGGCUUUCCACCAAUAUGCUGGAAAAGUGGGAGUAUGGACGUGGGAGAUAAUAUUAAAUCAUUUAAUUUUUUCAGGA